GCGACUCUCUCAACUUAAAAAAUAAAAAAAAAAAAAUUCUCCGACGCUGCGGACGUGUGUGUUUCGAGCCUCCUCGAAAAAUAGCAAUAAAUACAACAAACAGUUUUUGGUGUGUGUGCCUUAGUUAAUUCCAAACCAAAUCAGUCAAAUUAAACAAAUAACACAGAAAAACAACAAAAACAUUACGUUACGUCAUGGGCGACGCCGCAGAAUUGUUAUUGUUGUGCUGGCAUACUUCGAGAGCCAAGGAAGCGCGUGUGUGUGUAAGUGAGUGCGGGUACUUGAAAGUGUGUGUAUGUGCACAACACAAUUGUAUUGUUUUGCGAAAGCCAGCCGUUUAAUAUAAAAAAUUAAACAAAAACUAAAAAAAAAAUAUUAAAUUAAAAUAAAAACACUCGAAAGCUGUGCCCCGUUUCAUGAGUUCCGCUCUCUCCUGCAAUAACAGUGGAACACCAACCGUUCCCGCUGUUAGCGCACUGUUAGCAAAACUCAAAUCCAACGUCCGCCAAAUUCAAAAAUUCAAAUAUUUUUCGAUCGUCGAGCUGACGAGUUGCGUGCGUUCGUCGUUCGUUAAUAAAUAAAUAAAUAAAUACCGUACUGGAUUACCCUCAAGUCGAGAAUAAAAAACAGAAACCUGCAACAAAAUAAAUGUGAAGCGCAAAGCAAAUAGCAGUAAAUAAAUAGCCAGCGUUCCUGUUAUAUUCAAAAGCAUUCCUAAUCGCCGCAAAAAUCCACAACAGCAACAACAACAACGGAAAUAAACAACCAAUAAAUAACCAAAAAAUAGAAAAACAAAAAAGAUAAACAACAAAAUACCAAUGCAAAAAGUUAAGAAAAAAUCAUCCAAAUAACAACAGCUUAAAAAUUGCCACACUUCCAAUUAAAUAAUUAUAAUAUAAUAAUAAAAAAAAGCCAUGUAAAUAGUGUUGCUUAGAUAAAUUCUAAAAGAAUUAAAUAAAAGAAAGUGUCGCCUAACAAGUGCCGCAAUAAUAUGCCGAAAGUUUAAACAAAAAUUUAGGAAAUUUAUGCCAAAACGCACACAAAGCCCUUAAGAUAGCGGAAUUCCUAAAUCAAUUAUAAUUCUAAUCUUAAAAAGGAUAUAGUUAAACCAAAUUCAAAGUAAACAAAUCAAAAAUAAGCCGUAAUAAACAUCAAAAAGGUCGCUUGUUGCUAAUCGCCAUUAGUUUAUCCGUGUGCCUGGCCUGUGGCAGUGUGUUGGUGGCCGCGAUUGCCCUUCGCCGCUCAUCCAACGCAGCAGCAACAUUGACCGCAGCAGCAGCAGCAACAGCAACAGCAGCUACUGCAACAUCUGCAGCAGGAGCUGGGGCAGGAGGCACUGCAACAACGCGCCGGAUACGUCACAAACGUCGCUCGUCGCAACGACGGCGCAGCAAAAACAACGCGGUGCUGUCACCUGGGAUCGGGAUUGGGAUUGGGAUCGGACAGGAUACCAAUUCUGCUCUGGCCCUGCCACUGGCGACAACAACCUCAACAUCGGGCUCCACAGCAGCGGAUCAGACAGCUAUAGCCGCCACCGCCGCCGCAGCAGCAGCACCAGCAGCUGCAACAGUAGCAGUAGCCACAAACGCAGCAGCAUCAGCAACAGAAACAACAACACUUUUGCCAACCGAGCCGGAACAUUCUGUACCCAUGCUAUCGGUACAGACGGCCGGCUGCGCGGGAAUGGAGCGGCUCGGCGUUCCGACCCGCACAUCUUUAAGCACACCACCCGAUGAUAGGGAUCAAUUUAGAUGUAGAAUGCGCGUAGAUGCGCUCCAGGCAUGUGAGCUUCUGGCUGUACGUGGCGAGACUGUGAUUCGUGGCGCCGCCGGCAACAAUCAGCAUCAUCAACUCCAGCAACAGCAGCAGCAGCAACACCAUCUCCAUCACAGCAACAAGCAACAACAUUCCCACCAUCAGCAACAACGCAUGACAACUCCAAGCACGCACAACUCCGGCGGAGCAGGAGGAGGAGGAGGAGACCACCAUCAGCAACAGCAGCUGAGCAGCAGCAGCAGCAACAACAACAAUAGUAUUAGCAGUAAUGUGGCGCGAGGCGGCAUUGAAGCCACCACCCUCAAGUACGGCAACACCGGCAGUGGGAGCGGUAGCGGUUGCUACAAGGGCGACUGCGGCAACUCCUCAACCGGAUCCUCUUGCAGUUCGCUGCAAAGCCACAGCAAUGACCACCACCAACAUUACCAGUACCAGCUGCAGCAGCAGCAGACGCCUCGCUGUCCCCAUCACGUACCACUGCCGGACAGCGAGUACGGACAGGAUCGCCAUCUGCAGAUCAGGAGCAGCUAUCAGCAAUCGGAGAUCACCAGGUCGUACACCAAACCGCCGCCCAACAAGACGGUGCGGGAUGUGCCCGAGCAGAUCUCGGCGGGCGGCUGCGGCAUCUCCAGCUCCAGCUACCGCCUCACCACGCUCCAGGCCGCCUCCUCCACGUACUCGCCCACGGGUGCCUCUGUGUCCGCCUCCUCAUCGUCCAGCAAGUCCAAGCCGAAUGCCAUUAGCAAGUUCUUCUCGCGGAUCAGUUCGCCCAAAUCACCGCCAAGCUGUCCGCUGUCCUCAGUCGCCUCUGCCUCUGCCUCCUCCGCGUCCUCCGUAUCCAUGUCAUCGUCUGCCUCUUCGCUGGCUUCCUCCGCCUGCGUGUCCACCUCAUCGUCGGCCUCCUCGCUGGCCGCUGUGCCUCUGGCCACGCUUCCAGUGUCGAAUGCCUCGCUCCUGAAGAGUACGGCCUGUGGCUAUGGCACCAAUCCCAGUGCAACGCAUAUCUACGCAGGACUGGGACCCAGCACGCAGCUGCUGACUAGCUUAGGAGCCGGAGUUGGAGGAGGAGCGCCAACGGGAACGCCUAGCGGGAAUUGCAGUCCGGAGAGAAUACCCACACCGCCGCUGUCUGUCUCCGUGCCAAUUGGUGCUGGCCUGCAGCCGCUGAGGACAAGCGGAAGCAGCAGCAGCACCGCCAGCUUACCCGCCGCCACCGAGACGACGCCAGCCACUCAGUCUUCCUUCUCCGCUGGAGCGACGGGGGAUCUCCUCCCGCUGACCACGAUGAGCCGCAAUAAUUCCAACUCUAGCAUGAUGAGCUGCCACUGCAGCUGCAAUAGCCGAAAUUGCAGCCACUGUGCGGCCAACUCAUAACUGAGCUCGUGUUAAGUUUAAAACUACAAUUAAAAUAUAUAUCGGGGAUGCUGCAGGAGCCGCAAGAGAUUUCCAAGGCGGAGAGGGAUCACUGGCUCUGCUGGAAAUAUACAGAACUAAGAGAUGAGUGCAACUUAUAGAUAGAUCGUUUUCGGGAGCUGGUGAUGUCCCCAUUGCUUGUAAAAUCUCCAACAUCCCCAACAUAUAUAUAUUUAUAUAUCUACGGCAUAUAUUUUUUUUUAUGUUAGCCUAUGUUUAAACUAUUAUGUUAAAGUUUAACAGAUUUAUUUUGUGUAGGUCUGUCGCCAACUUUUGCGCUGGUACGAAAAGACUGUUUAUUAGUCAGAAUUUAAUUUGUAAAUGGAAUUAAAAGUAGAGAAGGAACGACGGUUAGAGAAUGAGUUUGGGGGAAAGGAAAGGAGAAGAGAAGACAUAGCUGCGCUGCCGCCUUUAAGCACUCACCAACAACAUAGACCAUAGAAGAGGUUCAUUUAGUUCUUGUAACAUCAUUUCCAUUCGCCACAAGAAUUUCUAUUUUUUUUUUUGUAUAAAUUAAGGAGAAGCAGACACUAAAAUACCCAAAAAUUUGAAAAACAAAACGGCAAGAGGAAUGAAAGAAAGUAAUAACGAAAAUAAGUGAAUAUGUAAUGUAAUUUUAUGAAUGAAUAUUGUAUACACACACACAUUUUAGUUUGAAUAACGCUAGUUUCUAACGAAAAGCCACUCUUAACUAUACUCUAUCCCUCUACCCUCUGUCCCCCUAUUAUUAUUAUUAUAAUUAUUAUUAUUCUUAUGCAUGGCCCAUGUGCUGGAACACACGAAACACACCACACACACACAAUUUUUAGUUCAAUUGAAAUUUGUAUUUGUAUAUUUGCUAACGGAAUUACAAUGUAAAAAAAAAAAAAAAAAAAACAAACAAAAAAUGAAAUGAAAUCUAUGUAAACCAAAUUGUAGAGAAAUUUAUUGUUUUUAUUUAUUUUAUUGCUUUUCUCCCUUUGUGGAUUUUCUGCUGGCCUAAAUCGGGAAAUUUUCGAAAGGAAACAACUUGAAAAUGAAGUUGGUUUAGGCAACUUCAAGAAUAUUUUUCAUUUAAAUUUCCCGCCAAUCGAACUGACAUUUCAAACUUGCAUGAUCGCGCUGGUACAAUUUAUCGAUAAAUUUCCAGUGUUGAAACGAUAAUUUGUUCCGAUUAGAAAUUCAAGACCUAAAUUCAGUUAUAAAUUAUUUCUGAAAAUGUUCAAUCCUUUUAAGCGAAUAGACUUUUGUGUGUUUAGUUUAGAGAAAAAUAAAACAAUUUAACAAAUCAAGCCCACUGCAAUGUAAAUUCUAAGCACAAGUAAUACAUUUUAGAUCAUUUUGGUAAUUAUAAAUAUAAUUAGAGAUCUCACCCGUUUUUUUUAUCCCGACAAAUGUAUAACAUGUCGUUUCUAAACAAAUCAAAUUCUUAAUACAAUUUAAAUUAAAAAAAAAAAAAUAUCAAAGAAAUUAUGAAAGGAAAAUGGUUUCAAGAACUUACGAUCCAUUAAAUCAAAUUUAAACCACAUUUAACCAACAAUUUAGAGGGAAAAACUAGGAAAAUAUGACGAUAACGAAUUCAGAAUAAAGCAAAAAUAAAACAAAACAAACUUUACUAAGCCAACAAGUCCUACAAGCCUACAUUUUAAACACAUACGAUAUAUAGCGGAUAUAGCUCGAUGUCUAUGGAUCAACGGAUACUUAAAGUAAUGAAACCGGAAAUAGCCCGAAAUGUCACAGAUCAGCAAACAGGAGACAAUGAUUAACUAAAUAAAACGAGUAGAAAUUAUUUAAUUAAAUAGGUAUAAACGAAUUAAGUCCAGCUAAAAUAUCGAAGCGAGCUCGAAAAUGAUAAACGAAGGAGGAGACACGAAAUCGUUGAAUCAGCUACACAUAUUUACACAUUUAUACAAAUAAUUAUAUUCUUAAAUAUAAUUUACGUAAACAGGCCUAAUUUCAACUACCUCCAAAACUGUUUUUUAAAUUAAACAAUUAAAUUCUAAACGAAGAUCAAGUCUACGAAUUGUGUUUAGCCAAAACUAAACGGUAACUAAGUAAAUCAAAUGAUAAAACAAAAGGAUAUGAUUAAAUUAUAGUAAAUCAACUGAUUGAAUUACAAUUUUUGAGGAAAUUCAAGCCGAUCGAUCGAUUAAUUCAGACAACAAAUCAACAAUCAUUGACAAGUAAUUAAUUUUACACUUUAUAUAUACGAUAUAUAAUAUAUAUAUAUAUAACGAUAUGCUAUCUCUGUACAUUUAAAUCGAGAAUACAAAUCGAAGCGCACACGAGCUGCGUUUUGAAAAUGCGAAGCCGUCGACUGAUAUUUAUAACAAAAGAUAAAUAUAUAUGAAUAAAGUAAAGAUCACAAGGAAAUCACCCGCGAGAUUCAUUUGUAAAUACACCGCGAAUGCAGGACAAUGCGUAGAGGAGCAUUAUGUUAAUGUAAGCCCUAACUCCCACUACUCCUCCGAUCAGAACCCAUCCGAGAUCAUAAUCCACCAUCCCCCCUCACAAUCCCGUCCUUACGAAAUCGAACUGAAGGUUCGAUCCCGAUCUCCCGCUGCAUAAAUUGCACCCACACACUAGCGAAAUUUUUUA